GAAGUUAGCAAUUAACUAGAGGAAUUUGUAGGGAAGAAGGUGGCGUGGAGUAGAUGUGAGGUGCAUCAUAAGCCUCUUUAGACUUUGCUCCUAUCUUGUGUAUAAAGGACAUAUUGUGUACCAUUUCUUGACCGUUUGCCUGCAAAGAACAUGUGGAUGUGACCUUGAGAUAUUGCCCUGAAUGGCUCACCUGCAGCAGGAUGUGUUGUGCAGUAUUUGGAGCUGGCCCAAAAGGUUCUGUGGUGGCCUGAAGCAAAGCAGCAAAGCAAUACAUAGUCUGUCUCCAAAGCCAGCCAUGUCAUCUUGGUAACUGGGAAAGAAAAUCCCAUAAGGACUUCUCUCCAUUCCACUCUGCAAGGGAUCCCUGGCCCUAAAGCUUACCUGUUCCCCACUGUCUGUACUAUGAAUCGUCCAGACCCCCCUCAGAGACUGAUUGAAAGCAUGGGGAAGUAUGAACUGGACCCUCAUCCUUCCUUGCCUUGGCAGAACUUCCACCCAGGCUUGGAUGAAGAGCAAAAAUCAGCCCUUGGUAGAUGUGCAAGGGCCAGGUCUGUCCUCACUGCUCUCCUCAAGGUGCCCCUCAUGCUCGGCUUCUUGUACCUGUUUGUGUGUUCCCUCGAUGUGCUGAGCUCUGCCUUCCAGCUGGCAGGAGGUAAAGUCGCAGGGGACAUUUUCAAGGACAAUGCAGUCCUCUCCAAUCCAGUCGCAGGACUCGUGGUGGGAAUCCUUGUCACUGUUCUGGUCCAGAGUUCCAGCACUUCCAGCUCCAUCAUUGUCAGCAUGGUCUCCUCGGGGUUGCUGGAGGUCGCUUCAGCCAUUCCCAUCAUCAUGGGUUCCAACAUCGGCACCUCAGUCACCAACACCAUUGUGGCACUCAUGCAUGCCAGUGACAGGAAUGACUUUAAGAGGGCCUUUGCAGGGGCCACCAUUCAUGACUGCUUCAACUGGCUGUCAGUGCUUGUUUUGCUGCCUCUUGAGGUGUCCAGUGGCUAUUUAUAUCACCUCACCAAGGCUGCAGUCGCAACUCUCAGCUUCCAUACUGGACAGGAUGCUCCUGAGCUCCUGAAAGUAAUCACAGAGCCCUUCACUAGUCUCAUCAUCCAGCUGGAUAAGUCUGUGAUCACAGGCAUUGCCACAGGCAACGAGAGCUUGCACAACAGGAGUCUGAUCCAAGUGUGGUGUGAGGCACCACCUGAGCAGAUUUCUUCCACAGGGGCUAGAGGUAGAUUCCUGAAUUGCAGCUCCCCUGCCCAGUGCCACCUAGGAGCAUCUGGGAACCUCAGCAGUGCCAUGCAACAAAAAUGCAAUCAUCUGUUUGUAGACACUUACCUGCCAGACCUGGCUGUGGGCCUUGUGUUGCUGGCCAGCUCAUUGACUGUGCUGUGUACCUGCCUUAUCAUGCUAGUCAAGCUACUCAGCUCUGUGCUCAAAGGCCAGGUGGCCAGAUCUAUCCAGAAGGUCAUCAACACAGAUCUGCCAUCGCCAUUUGGCUGGGUCACAGGUUACUUCGCCAUGCUUGUUGGUGCAGGAAUGACCUUUGUGGUACAGAGCAGCUCCGUCUUCACAUCUGCAAUCACCCCACUCAUUGGCCUUGGGGCAAUUAGCCUAGAACGUGCUUAUCCACUCACUCUUGGCUCAAACCUUGGAACCACAACCACUGCUAUCCUAGCAGCCCUGGCCAGUCCAGGAGAGAAACUGGCCCCUGCUUUCCAGAUUGCACUCUGCCAUUUCUUCUUCAACAUCUCCGGCAUCCUGUUGUGGUAUCCUCUGCCUUGCACCCGUCUCCCUAUCGCGAUGGCCAGAGCACUAGGGGAGCAGACCGCUAAAUAUCGCUGGUUUGCAGUCUUCUACCUGCUCGUCUGCUUCCUGUUGUUGCCAUCGCUGGUUUUUGGACUCUCCAUGGCAGGAUGGCGGGUGCUGGUGGGCAUAGGAGCCCCCUUCCUGAGCUUCCUGGCUUGUGUGGUCUUGGUCAAGUUCAUGCAGUUGCGAAGCCCUAGCCGGCUGCCCCAGUGGCUUCGGAACUGGGACUUCCUGCCACAUUGGAUGCAUUCCCUGCGCCCCAUAGACAGACUGAUCGUCAGGGUGAUGUGGUGUUGUGCUAAUUGCCGAUUAGGCGGCCAAGAUGAAGACUGCGACCUGUCUCCUCAGCUGAAAGCCAGGACAGGCCUGCACAAUCCUUCUCUCAACUUCUUGGAGGAAUUAUCUCUGCCACCGAGGAUGUCCCCACCUUGUCUGAAGUCACUGCCAAUGCAGGGUGCUACUCGCCUGUAAUGUGUGUGGGGGAAACCCAAUUUCCCUUGUUGCCUAAAGAUGGAGCUUUCUUAGCAUAAAAGGAAUGAUGAAGUUGACCUCUGAGGGCAAGAAGGUACAUCUGCUACUGUGCCAGCUUGGAGCUAGUGGCUGCUGUGCAUGACCCACAAUUGUAGCACUGCUGUGGGUGCCUCUCUGUCCCAGCUAUUGUGCGCUCAUAUGCCUCUGUGCACAGUGGCUCCAGAAGACUGCAAACCAGCACGGGAAGUGCGUCUAUAACUGUGUGUGACACUGAGUUUAUUCUUGUGCAUGAUGUGCAUCAAUGCAGGGGAGCUAAAGACCUGUCGAAAUGAGUGUCUUCAUGCACAGUGAUGGCAUAUGUGCCCUGAGCAAUCACUGAGUAAUAUUUGAGCUCCCAGUGUUUUGUACUGAGGUGGCAGGGAAGUUAUUUCUAUAACUGUACUUGGGAUUCUCCCGAGUGCUGUCACAGGAAUAACUUCUCCUGAGUGGUAUUUUACAGAAUACUGUAUAUGACAUAUUGGCAACAUGAAGCAUAACUAAGCAGUGCUGUCCAGAAAGAACUUGCCACUCUUUUAUCCUAACAAUAUGGUAGGAUUGACACUAUUGCCUUCUAAUGCAGUUGGACUGCAGUUCCCAUCAUCCCCAACCAUGAGCCAUGCUGCUUGGGGCUGAUGGGAGACAGGGGACUAACAACGUCCGGAAGACCCAUUCUGUGGUAUGUUGUUAACAACCUCUUACCUAUGAAGCUUCAAGCGGACAAGAGUGGCACAGCAAGCUUAGUAGUUCACCACUCGGGUCUUCAAUGAGCCAAUUCACAAUUUACUAAAAUAAAAAUUAAACAAUCCCUUGCUGUGUCUUCGCUGAUACUGAAGAAAGACUCACUAGCACAGGACUGGGAUAGGGGAAGGCAGGAGUGCUUCUUUUUCAGACAGACUGCAAACGGAAGUUUAGUGGUUCAAAUGAGAAUCCAGACUGUGGGGGAAAAUGUGGCUUCCAUUAUUCAUAAAAUGGGGCAUGGGGUUAUUUUUGUUCCCUUACCAGCUCAACCAGAGUAGAGCAGAGUGUUCCAAUGCCGAUCUAUAGCUAGCAGCCAGUGGAGGCUAAUUAAAAUGUCUGCACAUAAAACAGAAGUGUUUUAUUCCUGUGUAUUUUUGGAACCCAGGAGCUCCUUUAUUAUUCAAGAGAAUUGGAACACUUAAGAAAAUACUCUUUCAGAAGGGAUGAACCUGACACAUUGGCAGGUUCUCUGCUGGGGACUGUCAAUUCAUAGGAACAUCAAAAUGCUUUUUUUCCCCCCUUCUCUGAAGCUUGUCCUGUCCUGUCUUUAAGAAAUAUACACUUUAUGGCAGUAGUGGGAAUGUUUGUUAGUUGUUGCUUAAAAUGCUUCUAAUUAUUUUGCACAUCACUUAA